CGCUGUGCAAGAGCGGAGCGUGCCGCGACCCCCGCUGCGCCACCGGAUUGGCGGCGCGGACGCUUAAGACCCAGCCCACACGCCGUCGACGCGGCCGUGGACACACGCGCGCCCCGGCAGAGCCCGGGCAGCCCCUAAACAGCCCCACACACCAGCCAUGGACGCCGAGGCCAAGUCCGACGACGGCCGCCCGGAACUCGAGUCCCCCGUCUUCACGGUCUGCACGUUAAACGUGGGCGGCCGCAAUACCAAUUCAUUCGAGUUCGAGAUGCGAGGAGAUUUAACAGAGCUGGGCGAGCAGUGGGGCCAGCGCUUUGCGAAGGCGAAUGCUUGCUUGGCCGAGGCGGGGCCGGCUUCCUGCCAAGGGCUGGAGCGAGCCGUCGACGCGGCGUAUGCCCAGAUGGCGUCCGAGCCGCGAAGCACGGAAAGUGUUGUUACUUCCCUGUUAAAUGAUGCGACGUGGGAGCAAGCUUUGGAGAGGGUCACGCGCGACUGCCCCAUGCUCUUCAACGCCUGCAAUUUGGCGUCGCUGCGGGUGGGGCGACCGGCGCCCCUCGAAAUGCCAGAAAAUCUCCUCAAGUUCGAGGCCAACGUCGAGGACGAUUCUGUCCAACAAUUCUUCGGCGCCUGGCUGCGCUGGUUGCACUCCACGUCGGACCAGGACUGGGCGGCCUGGGCGAAACGAGCGAAAAAGUAUGCAGUAUCAUUAGGUGAUGCUGUUGCAGGGUUGUUAAUCUUCGAUGCGAUGUGUUUUGAAGCGCUCAGGAGGAUGUAUCCUUCAUCUGAAUCGUGUGGAGAUAUCAUGCGCGAACACCUGUCGUUCCACGAUCGGCUGCACUUCACGACAGAAGUGGGCAAGUACACGAAGCUCGUGGAGCUGUUAGCUGAGUUGCAAUUCCCGGAGGUCGUCUGUCUGCAGGAGGCGUAUGACCUCGUGGAGAUUUCUCGCGGUGGUAAAUCUGCUUUAACAGAUCGGAUGUACUCGAUGUUCGCGGACAAAUACGCCAUCAACUCGAGUGGAGAAACAGCGGUACUAGCAAGGCGGGACGCCUUCCAGACCAUCCAAGAUCAGGAGGAGAAGCCCGCCUGGUAUCUCACACUGGAGGCGGAAGGUAGAAAGCUGUACGGAGAUGACCCUAAGCUCCUGAAGGACUGGGAGACGACGCUCCAAAGGACCUGCGUCGUCCAAGCAAGACGCUUACGGACGGAGGUCUCGGAGUCGGCCUCAUUGUUACCGAAGCGCUGGGCGGCCGUCGACAGAAUGACUCGUAGAGCGGGUUCGUUCCGACUGCGGUCCACACCUCGCUCCGGACCGGUGCCCGUAGCUUUGUGCGCCGUGCAUGGCAAGGGCGCUUCGGAAGUGGGCAACGCCUUCGUCCCGGCCCUCGCGAGGGCCCUCUCGACGCAUUUCUCGGACAAGGCUGCCUUUGUCCUGGGCAUGGACUCCAAUACCAGUGAUAGUGACGCCUUCUCGGCGGCUCUCGAAAGUUGUGGCAUCAUGGCCGAGGAGGCCUCGGAUCCCGCGGCUCGGACCGUCGCGAAAAGAAGGUCGCGCUUGCAGACCCAAGUGAAGAAAGCGGGCGUUCUAGACGUUUCGUUGAAGGACUUCGUCGUGGCCUGGCGGGCCGACGAGGCCGGCGAGAAGAUGGAGCCUUUGGUACGAGGCGUCGAGCAGUUCCCUUCUUUGAAGUCGGGGGACACGAUCGAGAUGCUCAUGCCGACGGCGCAGUGGCCCUUCGACCACGCUUUAUUGGUGGCGGAGGUCGGGGGGUUCAUGGGGCCGUAAUUUUGCUUCUACUCUG